AAUUAACGCGAAAAACACAUGAAUUUUGAGUGCAUUUCUCAGCGAAACGUUUGUUUUGAUUACAAUUGAAUGUCUUUUUUAUGAGAAAAUCAAACAUUUUUUGUACACUUUUUGCACAUUUUUUUUGUUAUUUAGUUUUUAUGACAUUUUAUUUAAGAGAAGUCGAAGAAUAAUGUCUGAAGAGGUGAAUGAAAAGGUGAACGGCGUGGAGGAGACGCCAGAUGUGGAUGACGUGCGACCGGUGGCCAAGAAGGUCGCCAAACAUGACUCCGGGGCCGCAGACCUCGAGAAGGUGACCGACUUCGAGGAGGAGAGAGAGAUCUCGUCGCAGGACAUCGCAGAUGCGAUGUCUCUCUUUGACGACAAACGAUCCAAAGAGACGGCCGAAAGAGUGGCCCGAAUGAGGGAAUUGGCGAAAGUGGUGAUCAAUAAAGACGACGUCGAGCUCAUUAUGAAAGAGAUGGAGAUCCCGCGGACGACGGCUGAGCUGAAGCUCCGGGAGUGCGCCGGAAGUGUUGUCGAAGCGCUGAUCGCUUUAACCGAUUGAUUGAUUCAAUGGAUUCACUAGUCGUUUGUGUUAUUCAUGCCUUCAUUACUCAUAAGAAAGCAAUUCAUUUGCGAUUCAAUAAAAUAUAAAUUCA